GCGAUUAGGUUGUGGGCGGAAAUCAGUAUAACUUAGUCGCGUCGCGACCGUGCGAUGGUACGCACGUUUGGUGUCUCGUGAAGAGAAACUCCGCGUUCCGUGCUCCGCACUCCGUUUUAUCAUCGCAAUGUCUCGUCUCGUCGUCAUUCACUGGCGCCCACCGCAAAGAGUGACAGCGUGACCAACGUGUCGCAUUUUUUUUUUUUUAAUUGUCGUUUGCCUGCUUACUUCCCGUUGGAAAAUCGGUUCAGUGUCGAAAUUAUCCCCCCCCCCGAUACUCCGUACGAUAUAGCGAGGACGUUUCACUAGAGAUUUGUCACUCGACGCGGGGCUGCAGCAACGUUCCACCACACCGCCUUCUCUUCCUUCUCGUCGUUGGCUACUACGUCAUCUCGGAUUACAUCAUGACAGACGCGACACCAGCGAAGGCAGCGUGAGUAAUGCCGAGGGAAUCUUGUCCCGGGUUACUGUUGACCCUGGUGUCGGUAUUCGUCAGCCUGUGCGAGUCCUCCGGCGCCCACGCCCACGCCCACGCCCACGCCCACGCCCACGCCCACGCCCACGCCCACGCUCACCACGUCCAGCAACCACGGCCGCAGCCACAGCAGCAACAGCAACCGCAGCCACAACCGCAGCCGCAGUCGCAGCAGCAACAUUCAACCGUUUGCAAGCUCGGCCUCGAGUUCUGGUCCGUCGAACGCGCCUCGUGCUGGCCGUGCACCCGAUGCGCCCCCGAAUUCACCUUGAGCCCGUGCGCGAUUCACAAGGACGCGGUAUGCGGUCCGCUAUCGGCGCUCGAGCUCGACUGGUCCUUCCUGUCGGCGGCGGCGGCGGCAGCGGCGGCGGCUGCGGCAGCCUCGUCGUCGACGCGGACGACCAGCAGCGGGAAGAGACCCUCGCGUGCCGACGAUGACGAAGGAGCGACCGUCGCUCCGACGACGAACGUCUUCUUACGAUUCCCCGAGGAGAGGACGAGAGAACGGCCGUCCCUCGUGGAAGCCGGUAAUCUCGUCAACUUUGAUCGCGACGGCGACAAGGAGCCCAUCUUCGUCUCACGGGAAUCUAAAACGCAUGAUCCGCGAGAAAGGAGAAAAUCGGCUGACGAGGAUAAUCUAUCGUGGGACUGGCAGACCGGUGCACUGAUUCUCGCGGUAUGCGCCUGCAUAGUAUUCUUCUUGGUAGCGGGAUGCUCGGCUCUCGUCUACGCGCGACAGUGGCGACGAAUGAAGAGGAACUUUGAACCGGCGGGUCUCGAGGAGAUUUCGGCUAGGUUGAACCUAAUGGUGAAGGCGGAACUGGCCGAAUUGGUCGCAGGGGCACCAAUGAAUCCAGGUGAUCCCGAGACCAGAUGUCAGUAUCUUGAGAAGCUUUUAGACCGGAAACGAGAGACUCCGGUGGUGGCGACGGCGACGGCGACGGCGGCGACGGCAGCAGCGGCAGCGGCGGCAGCAGCGACGGUAACGGCGGCGGCGGCGGCGGCGGCGGCGGCGGCGGCGGCGGCGGUGGCGACGACGACGACGACGACGACGACGACGACGACGACGACGACGACGACGACGACGACGACGACGAUGGCAGCGGCUGGCAACUUGUACAUCGAAGAAGGAAGAACGACGACGUCGACGUCGACGACGCCGACGCCGCCGCCGCCGCCACCGCCGCCGCCGCCGCCGCCGAGAAGCAAGCGAUCGCAGAUCGCGCGGAUUCAACGUAACAUCGAAACCAUUCUCAAUUACAAGAUGAGUCAGGGCGCCGAUUGAUCGAAAGGCUCUCUUUCUCAUUUGGCAUUUCUGUGCCACGUUUUCUCACUUUAGAAUCACUUUAGAAUCACUUUGCAUGAAAAAAAAAGCCUCGUAUGGAAACUGGAACCGACGCGACGCGACGCGACGCGAUGUGACGCUUCUUCCCCGAAGAUUCUCUCGAUGAGCUUUAAUAAAAAUUUAAUGCUAUCAAAUUCGCGCUUUCCAAGAAUGCUUCGAGUCACUCUAGCGAGAAGAAAUUCGCAACAAAGUUUCUCGAGAUAAAUAGAAAUUGUAAAAUCUUUUUGCCGUAAUUCCCCGCGCACGUUACACAAAUUGUAGUUUACUUCGCGGAAAAAAUUGUCAAGAUCACUAAGAUACGAUCUUGCGGAAUCAAAGUUUGUCGACUGCGUCUUCAAUUUUCGUCCAUCUUUGACAAAAGAUUCGGUACGUUCACGGAAGAACGUGAGCUAAAUAUUAGGCCAAACUGCGUCUAUUUUAUAACUCGAUAUCGUUACAAGUAUAAUGUAGUGUAAUUCAUUACGAUAACCAGACAAUCGAAUACUCAUACUUUGGAUCGGAUGCGCCAAUGUUGCUUACGAUUUUUAUCUCUACUUUUAUCUCUCUCCAUGCAUAUUACAAUGAAGAGUGAGAAUUGUAUUCAACGACAUCUCAAUGUAAUUGAUCCUUAAAAUGUGUUUAGAUCAAAUAAAUUUUCACAUUUCCUGUAGAAUUUAAGUCAAACGAGUCAAACUUAUUAAAUUCCUCCAUUAAUUUAAACAAUUAGUUAAUUACAACUUAAUUUUAUAUCUCAGAAGGACAUUUUCGCGUUCUUACUUUAAUUAUCGUAAUAAGAUGUGUAUAUUGUGCAGCUGCGACAUCUAAGUGAUUAUAUUGAACGAUACAAUUUGAUUAUUUAGGGAUUCGACAAAUCUCCCUAAAAGAACACUUGAUUAUUUAGCAUCGUUGAUGCAACAGAGUCGAAAUUAUUUGUAUAAGAGAAAAAGAGAGAGAGAGAGAGAGAGAGAGAGAGAGAGAGAGUGCAAUAACAAACAAAUUAAAAUUUGUUUGUCUUUGUGUUCGAUCGGAUUAAAUAAGGUGCGAUUUUUCUCUCCUUCUCUCUUUGUUCACUUCUCUGGUAAAUUAAUAAAACUGUCAUGAGGAGAGGUCUCCUGCCGUGGCCUCAUGUCCGGGAGAUUCUAUUUAUUUCUUUCUUCUUCCUUCUGAUAGCUUUAACGACCAACUGUAAUAUAAAACGCUUCUGUAUUCAUACACGCAUGGUAACGCAAGCAAUAAAGUAAGACUACAAGAUA